CAUAGUGUUUGGUGUGCUUUAGUUUAAUUCGAUUCAUAGCGUCAAGCCGAUUGACAUAGGAAAUACUGUACACUGUGUUUAAAAGGAUGAUCUUGUGCUUCGUCAAUUUGUUCUUGUUCAUCCGAUAUACUGAGGAAAACGUGGGGUGCAACAAGUUAUCGCCCAAUCCGUGUUGCGUCAACCAAUACCUCAAUGAAGUUGACAACAGCUGUAGUGAGUGUCCCUACGGAAGCUUUGGUAUUAAUUGUAAAUCAUCCUGUCCCUCUGGAUAUUAUGGACAUCUGUGUAAAUCUCCCUGUAAAUGUAUCGCUACGGAGUGCCAUCACGUGAUUGGAUGUGAAACGACCAAUGACACCAAUUCUGGCACAGUAUCGAUAAAAGGUGUAACAACCAAAACCGAUUUACUUCAACUAUCAACAAUUGCCAGUGGAGGGGAUCGUCACAUUAACACUGACGAUGAUCAUACCUUUCCUGUGUCAACUCUAUGGUUUAUUCUGCUUGGCUCAUUGUCCUCCCUCUGCAUCAUUGGAUGUAUUCUCUUUAUACGCUCGCAGGAAAAGAAGUGGAAGUUCAUAGGUACUCGGCGCUUUUCGUUGAUAAGACGGGGUUUUCUUUUAUGCUUUAAUCAAGAUCAUGAACAAGAACUGAUCCAGGAGUCCGAAGACAUUGAACUCUCUAAUGUUAACAGAACACGGGUAUGUGGACUGGCAGAAGACGACAGUCCGUACUCUGAGAUCAGAUCUACCCAGCUCAUCGGGGGAGCCAACACAGUCGGUGCUUGUAUGAAUACAUCGCCAUGUUCCAUGCUUAAGUGUGACUCCGACAAACAUCAGAACAAGUCAGAAAAACAGAAUAUUGACCAAAAGUCUAUAAAUAAAAAUGAAUACGAUCACGUUAAUCUUAAUGUGAAAUAUUCAGACAUGCUUUCCGACGGGAUUCUCCGUUUUCCACACUUCAGUGAUGAGGAAUACGUUUCCCUCGUGAACACGCCAUCACUUGGAAAAGAAGUCGGACCGAAGGAUGGUUUAAAAUGUCACAAUCUGACUCUUUCCAAAAACAAGAUGAUAGAUUGCAACAAAAUGGGUAAUACAGAAAGAAAAUCCCAGUGUCAAUUAACAGGAUACAGCUUUCAACAAUUAGAAUUAAAAGUAGUUUACGAAGAUAUUUCAGAAAACACCAAACACCAUUUUGUAGCCGCUGACAGACAGCUUGACCGACAGAGUGACGACAGACCAUAUAGUUUGGCUGAGGGUUUGCCAGAAAACGAUUUAAAUGAAAUGGACCACAGAAACAGUGAAACAGAAGCACAGCCACAUUUAUCAAAACUUAAUUUUUCUGAAAAUUUAAACUCGUCAGAGAACGAUUCAAGUGAAACAGUAGAGGAUUAUGUUAAUUCAAUAAACAUCGAUAUCUCUAGGGAAAGAAAAGACACAAGUAGAGUGGGAAACAAUGGUCAGUCAAACACAAGACCUUACAGUUUUGCAGAAAUACCAUAGUUUGAAUCAAAAUGCAUACCUUUUACGGGGAGCAAGAACUAUCAAUACACUGUUAAUGCUGAUUACAUUGACACAAAAUUAUUGAGUUGUAUACAGACUGUUCAAUUUCGAAACGUUUGUUUCGAAAAAAUGAAAGGCUUUUGUGUAAGAG